AUGCCACGAGACCGGACACCAAGUCGCGCAAGAGCUUACAAGCGCACAUCAUCGCCUCCGCCACUACCAACUCGAUCGGCUCCUGCGCCACCCCCGCCAAGGAAACAUGCGCUCAGUCCUGCUCAAGCUGAGUGCUUACGAGCCGUUUUCGCCGCUCUAUUGUGGCAUGAAGGUAUAGUCCACGACGCCAUCGCUUGUGCAGCGUUCCUAAAGUUCCACCCGCAGCUUCCCAAGCAGGGAGCCCGCGUGGUCACCCGACAGGCUCAUGACGUCACUCCUGCUCGACAUCAGAGGCACUCCGUAGAAGUUUCUAAUGCUGGUGAGUUUAUGACCCUGUUGCGUAUUCAUCCAACGACAUUGGAGACAUUGACGCGAUCCGGCAUUGAAGCGAGCACCAGUCGCAUGCGCAAGGUGGACUUCGACACGCCUAUACGGGAAGAGGAGAACUUACCUGGUCCCAGUACUGAACCAGCAGGUUCCUCACGUUACGUGGUCAACGUGCUGCCGCCCGCGAUGCGUGCGUUAGUCGCGCUUUGGGACGCUCUCUACGACGCUGACCAGCUCACAUCUGCUACAGACAAGUUGAAGAAAGAAGAAAAGAACGAAAACGACGAAGCGAAAUCGUACAGCGGUAUUCGUAAGAAGAGAGAGUGGAAUACAAGGACGGGCAAAACACCUUAUUCAGUCCAAUGCGACUUGUGCGGAGGAACCAACGUGCCGCCUCCAUUAGCAGCACACAUGAGGACAGCUCACCCAGGGUGUAAGAACCCAACCACGAAGGGAUUUGACCGCACUGGCACAUACCAGCCGACCAAUCCGCAACCAGGGCCAGAACUGCCCCCCACCUCAUAUUGCGGACAAAUGGCUCAGAGUAAGUGA